GGCCGGAGCUGCUGGCGCCCGCGCGUCCCGCCGCGGCGCCCUCGCGACAUGCCGGAGGAGGCGGGCUUCCCGCCGGCCAAGAGAUUCCGGCCGGGCUCUGGGCCUCCGAGCCGCGCCGGGUCCUUCCGUCCCGGCGGGCGAGUGGUGAUGCUGCUGACUCCGGGCAGCGGCGGCAAAGGAGGAGGAGGCCGUAGGCAGCAGCCGCCCCUGGUUCAGCCCUCGGUCAGUCCCUACCCUGAGGCCGUGGAGCUGCAGCGCCGGAGUCUGCCCAUCUUCCAGGCGCGCGGCCAGCUGUUGGCCCAGCUCCGAAACCUGGACUGCGCUGUCCUUAUCGGGGAAACUGGCUCAGGGAAAACGACUCAGAUUCCUCAGUACCUCUAUGAAGCGGGGAUCAGCCGCCAGGGCAUCAUUGCUGUGACCCAGCCUCGCCGCGUGGCUGCCAUCUCUCUUGCUACUAGAGUUUCAGAUGAGAAGAGAACUGUACUUGGGAAGCUGGUUGGCUACACAGUGCGCUUUGAUGAUGUCACCUCAGAAGACACCAAGAUCAAGUUUCUUACAGAUGGCAUGCUUCUGCGUGAAGCAAUUUCGGACUCCAUGCUUCGGAAGUAUAGCUGUGUCAUUUUGGAUGAAGCCCACGAACGGACUAUUCACACAGAUGUGCUCUUUGGAGUGGUGAAAACUGCACAGAAGAAGCGAAAGGAACUGGGGAAACUGCCCCUCAAAGUGAUUGUGAUGUCAGCUACCAUGGAUGUGGACCUAUUCUCUCAGUAUUUCAAUGGCGCCCCUGUCCUCUACCUGGAGGGACGGCAGCAUCCGAUCCAGGUUUUUUAUACCAAACAGCCUCAGCAUGAUUACCUGCAUGCAGCACUGGUUUCAGUCUUCCAGAUCCACCAGGAAGCCCCUUCUUCUCAGGACAUCCUGGUGUUCCUGACAGGUCAGGAGGAGAUUGAAGCAAUGAGCAAGACCUGCCGAGACAUUGCAAAGCACCUUCCAGAUGGCUGCCCCUCAAUGGUGGUCCUUCCUCUGUAUGCCUCUCUGCCCUAUGCACAGCAGCUCCGUGUCUUCCAAGGGGCCCCAAAGGGCUAUCGCAAAGUGAUCAUUUCAACCAACAUCGCUGAAACCUCCAUAACCAUUACAGGAAUAAAAUAUGUAGUUGACACUGGCAUGGUUAAAGCAAAGAAGUAUAACCCUGACAGUGGUCUCGAGGUGUUAGCAGUGCAGCGAGUGUCAAAGACCCAGGCCUGGCAGCGCACAGGGAGGGCUGGCAGAGAAGACAGUGGCAUCUGUUACCGGCUGUAUACCGAGGAAGAGUUUGAGAAGUUUGAGAAGAUGACCAUGCCAGAGAUCCAGAGGUGUAACUUGGCCAGUGUGAUGCUUCAGCUCCUAGCAAUGAAAGUCCCAAAUGUGCUCACCUUUGACUUCAUGUCCAAACCAUCUCCAGAUCACAUUCAGGCGGCCAUUGCCCAACUGGACCUGUUAGGUGCUCUUGAACAUAAGGAGGACCAGCUUACCCUGACUCCAAUUGGAAGAAAGAUGGCAGCAUUUCCUUUAGAACCCAAAUUUGCCAAAACCAUCCUCCUGUCCCCUAAAUUCCACUGUACAGAGGAGAUUCUGACCAUCGUCUCCCUGCUGUCUGUGGACAGUGUCCUUCACAACCCUCCUUCCCGGCGGGAGGAAGUACAGGGUGUCCGGAAGAAGUUCAUAUCUAGUGAGGGCGACCACAUUACCCUGCUCAACAUCUAUCGAACCUUCAAAAACACAGGUGGAAAUAAGGAAUGGUGCAAAGAGAAUUUUGUCAACAGUAAGAAUAUGACGCUAGUCACUGAAGUCAGAGCACAGCUGAGGGACAUCUGCUUAAAGAUGUCAAUGCCAAUCUUGUCAUCCCGAGGAGACAUGGAGAGCAUCCGCCGCUGUCUGGCUCACAGCCUCUUCAUGAGCACUGCUGAGCUUCAGCCAGAUGGUACUUAUGCCACCACGGACACCCACCAGCCAGUGGCCAUCCACCCCUCGUCUGUCCUUUUCCACUGCAAACCAGCCUGUGUGGUAUACACUGAGCUGCUUCACACCAACAAGUGCUACAUGCGGGACCUCUGCGUUGUGGAUGCCGAGUGGCUGUAUGAGGCUGCCCCCGAGUACUUCAGGAGGAAGCUGAGAACUGCCAAAAGCUGAGAACUAUCAGGACUGAGCUGUUCCAGGAGGAUGCGGCCAGAAUUACUGGUGCCUGGGAGCAUGGCCCACAGCUGUCCUUGUAGCAGACUUCCAGGUUGGCUCCUAGAGAAGCAGCAGGUUUUAAUGCAGCUAAAUGUGCCCAGCUUCCAGGAGUUUGAAAGCAUCUUUGCUUAAAAACUUAAGACUGAACCCUGUAGAUAUGUACAUAUCAUUUAUAUUCUGGAAACUUCAAAAUCACGUUUCUGGUUUCUCGUGGCUGACUUUGAGUGAUUUAGAUAACUUCUGAGCCUCAGUUUCCUCACAUGGGAAUAAUAAUAAUAAUAAUAAUUGCUUAGAGGAUUGGGGUUACGAAGUUUAGAGAAAGUACCCAGAGCUAUUUCUGGUGCAUGACAGACAUAUAGUGAGCUGUGAGCCAUUACGCUUACUCUUACUGUUUUCAGCAUGACAUGGAUUGAGUACAACAAAAUUUCAAGUUCUGUGACUGAGGGGAAUUUUCUAGAAUAGGGGCAUAAGAAGUUGCAGAGCUUGGACGUUUGUUGUCCAUGUUUCUGUUUUAAUGUCUAGCUGUAUGAAGCUUUAAAAUGGAAAAAAUAGUGUGUGGCUGAUGCCUGUAAUGCUAGCACUCUGGGAGG